AAAAAGUCUAAGAAAGCGGCACAGUGCACGCCAAAGUAACGUGAUCGGAGCCUCAGCACGCAGCAAUGGAUCCAUACAUCAGAGACAUGUUGCUGACAACACUCAUCCUCGUCACUCUGCCACACCUCGCCUGCGACAUGGUGUGCCCCAGGAGCUGUAAGUGUUUUCCCAACGGAUUAGUCUUCUGUAGCGGGGAUCGAAUCGCAGACAUACCAGAGCAGAUGCCUGACAACACUUACACACUGUUGCUCAAUGACACAAAGAUGAGUGUCAUAAAGCAGCUGAGCCUGGAUAACAUGAAGCUCCUGUCGCGGUUAAGUCUAACUCACAGCCAUCUAAGGAAAAUCCAUCCCCGUGCCUUUCACGUCACUCCUCAGCUCCUGUCCGUCAGACUGUCCUUCAAUGAUCUUUACACCUUUCCUGCUGGAGUUUUCAAUCCACUGACCAAUUUGCAGCAGCUCUAUUUAAAUGGGAACCAGUUGGAGACCAUUACACCGGAUAUGCUGGAAGGACUUGCUGGGUUGUCCGAGUUAGAUCUGAACCGCAAUCAAAUUUCAACUCUCUCCCCAGAUGUUUUCAGAGGACUUACCAACCUCACCUUUCUGAAUCUGGGGAAAAACAACAUUAAAACACUUCUACCCUUCAUUUUUCACUCCCUGUCUUCUCUUCGCCAACUCAUCAUUUAUUACAAUGAACUUGAGUCGCUAGAAGCCGGCACGUUCGAUGGACUUGUUAAUCUGCAGGACCUCAGAAUCAACCAUAAUCAAAUUGUCAGUUUUGCUCCUGAAGUAUUUUGGUCACUGAGGAAUCUCAGAAACCUCACCCUGUCUAACAACCAACUUCAGACUGUUCCAGAAAAGAGUUUCUACAACAUGCCCAAUCUCAGCUUGCUUACCCUUUACAAGAACCCCCUACUAUCUCUGCCAGACAAGCUAAUGGGUCACAUGCCUAACAUGAGGGAAUUCAACUUGUAUGCCACAAACCUCACGACUGUUCCUGGAAAUUUGUUUGCUAAUAUGUCUGGACUGUUGAUACUUAAUUUAUAUUCCAAUACUAAGCUGAGGGAACUACCUUCUGACCUGUUCUGCUGCCUUCCCAAACUCCAGGAGCUUUCACUGAUAUUUAAUGACCUCCAUUACCUAGAUCCGAAUCUUUUCUCCAGUCUGACCUCACUGGAGGCAUUGCGUCUCAAAGGCAAUAAGCUGCAGAGCCUAUCAAGAACCAUCUUUCAGAGCCUUGGAAUGCUUUCGACCAUUGAUUUGAAGAACAACUACCUUGAGACGCUUCCUGGAGAUAUUUUCUUGUCAAAUAGAGGUUUGACUGCCGUUAGCCUGAGCAACAAUCUGUGGAAUUGUACUUGUAUUAUUAAAGAUCUUGCCAGAUGGGUGAGAGAUAAUAAGGAUGUGGUUCUUGACAGUGAGGAUGUGAUGUGUCACAGUCCAAAGUAUCAAAUGCUGCGCACCCUUGGCAGUCUGCACAAUGAGGACUUUGACUUCUGCGAUGCUCCAAGAGUGGCAGAACAGUGGAACAGCACACCAGCAUCAACUACCACUUCAGCAACUCCACAGUCUGAGGACACGAUGACUCUCGAACCUAUUUCAAGAAAAAUCACUUCAACGGUAAAACAUCAAACUCCAUCAUCAUCAACUUCUCUUGAAACUCCUGCUGCUGAUGAGCUACCUGACAGUCAUUAUACUCACGACAGGUCACCUCCCUUUUAUGACAAGUUGGUGGUUGAACAGGGGCCUGAGUUUGUCCACCACAACCUUCAUGGCGGCUGGGUGUAUGUGUGGUUUCUGCCUUCAGAUGCAACACUGUUUGGGCUCCUCAUGUUUUGUCACAUCCUUCUGGUGGCCAUGGGUUUCUUCCUCAUUCUUGCCUCCAUAUACGGCAUGUAUCGCCUCAACAAAGCCUUGGAGGAGCUGGAUGAUAAGCUCAUACUCAUGCAUGAGAAGACAAUGGUCCUGUCACUCAUCUGUCAUGUGCUCCUCCUGUUCUGUUUCCUCAACGCUGAUACUUUGGCCUGUCCAGAAUCAUGCCAUUGCUUUGGAACCAAAAUCCAAUGUAAUGGCGUUUCAGACUUUCCAGUUUUUCCUUCAUCUACCACUGACAUCUACAUCUACAACUGCAAUAUCAGCGCUGUAAAACCAGAGGACCUGAGAGGUUUUGCAAGCACCCUUGUUCAGUUUUUGAUGAAAUGCACUGAGUUGACAGAAGUGUUGUCUGGGACAUUUGAUUCCACUCCUGACUUGUCUGUCUUAGUGCUUACAGAGACUGAGUUGCAAGAUUUCCCUGAAGCCUUGUUCCACAACCUUCAAAAGCUCAGUUCUCUGAUUCUGAAGAGGAACAAGCUCCUGGCACUCAAGCCAACAUGGUUUUCCUCAUUGCAUAGUCUGAAGACCCUUGACCUGAGUAAAAACCAUUUCACAGCUAUACCUGUAGAAACAUUUCAUAGUCUCACUGAGUUAGAAUACCUAAUACUUUCAGGAAACAAUAUCACUCAAGUUUCUAAAGACAGUUUCAAAGGACUUUCUAAUCUGAAGAGUUUACGUCUAAACAAGAACUCCAUCAGGGACAUCCCCCUUGGUACUUUGGAUGAUCUUGUUAACGUACAGGAAAUUUCUUUACAAGACAAUGUAAUUAUUUUUCUCCACCAAGACCUUUUCUCCAAGACUGAGAAGCUUCAGAAGCUUUUCCUCUCCCAUAACAGGCUCACAUCCCUCCCAGAAGGACUCUUCUUGAAUUUGCCCCUCCUUUCCCAGAUCUCCCUAUAUGAAAACCAGUUGGAGAGUCUGAGUCCAGGUGUGUUUGGGCCUAUGCCUCUCAAAGAGUUAUGGCUAUAUGACAACAGGCUGAGCCAUCUAGAGGGCGGCAUAUUUAGGAACCUGACCCAACUGCGUCUCCUAGUGCUUAGUCGCAACCAGAUUAGCUAUGUGUCCAUUGAAGCUUUCAGAGGGUUAGAUCACCUGGGUGAAGUGUCACUUCACACCAAUCGUCUCACAACUCUCCAACCUGGUACUUUCCAAGGUCUGCCUAGCCUAGUCAACAUUUCCUUGGAACACAAUUUCAUCCAAUCUCUCCCCAUGGGCUUUCUUGAUGGUUUGCACCCGUUGGGUCAGAUAGACUUGAGAAACAACUCCCUUACCAACCUACCUCAGAAAAGUCUAGAUGCUCUCACUGUGGCAAAUGAAAUACUCCUGCAGCAAAACCCCUGGAAGUGUGACCAGGAUAUUCGGCCACUUAGGGACUGGUUGAGACAGCAUCCAUCGAAGACCAACCACAGCCUUGUGGUGUGUCAAACACCAUUCAGUCUGAGUGGUGAGAUGAUUGCCUUGCUGACAGAUGAGAAUCUGAAGCCUCUCAGCUCUACUGAGGAACCUGUAGUGACACCAACGGAGCGGAUAAAGAAUCCCAACGCUGCUUCAUCUAGAUGGACCACAUCUUUACCAGCUCUUAAGACAACAUCACCCACUGAGCAGAAUGUGGUCACCAGCAGUGGGCAUGAAGAAGAGAAGCUGAACAGCACUCAAAUCAUCAUUAUCAUUGCAGUUGUGUGCACCGUCAUCAUCAGCAGUGUCAUCAUAUGCUGUGUCUGCUGGAGGAGGAAAAAGACAGACAGUCGUAACCUGCGAACCAGCAACAAGAACUACGUGCUCUAGAUGAUACAACAUUAGUGACGACAUUAGGACUUCAAAAGCCAAGAAAACUGCACAAUGACUGCUGUGGUUUACAAGGAAACACACCUGGAGAUGGCAUCUGCUCCUGAAAGAUAGAGUCUACGAGCACUGAUAAACAACAAGAACAAGCCAUUUAACAGAUGUGUCUUUGGUUUGACUAGCCUUUUGGUUUCAAAACAUCAAAUUUACGUUUUCAUUCCACUGCAAGUUAUGAAAACGACAUCCAUCUUACUAAUGGUAAAAAUACAUAUCCGCUCAGUUUACGGAAUUCAACCGUGUUCAACAGGUAGUGAGUCUAAAAAGAAUACAGUUGUUCAACUUUAAAAAGUUGUGGUAACAUGGUUACAUGGCCUUUUAUCAGUAAUUCCAGCAACUUAGCCAUAACUGAUUAAAUACCACGAGACAUUUCUAGUAAGGCCAUCUCAAGUUUAAUAAAACAUUCACUGAAGUAGUCUGAGUACACUUGAUUUGUAUUGGAUUAGACAAAUUAAUUCUUCUGUAUUUUAAUUCCAUUCUACUCAAAAACUUUGUAAAUUACUACCUUAACUUUUGAGGAUUAUUAACAACAGUGUUUGGGGAUUUAUAACAUAUUUCACUGAUAUCAGACUACACACAGCAGUUCCAGUUGUAUGUUCACACUGUUUAUUUUAAAACGAUUGUCAGCCAAUAUCAAACUGUUAAAAAAACAUGAAUUUUGUAACAUCCUGUAACAUGUUAUCAACUUACUACAAUGUGUGCAUGUUAAAAAAUGAACUUUAUGCUGAAGAUGCUCUUUAAUUUAAGAUAUACACACAAAAUCCAUAAAACAUUUUUCUUAGAGUCAACCUGUAUUAAAUCUGCUGUUCAACAAUUUCAGGAAGGAGUCCUUUCUUUUGCAGUAUGCUGAUUAACCUGUGGAGUUUAAAUUCUAUUCACUGAAUAAAUACAUUGCUUUUA